CAAAAGAAACCCUCCUGAGCUAAAGGGAUAAGUGGACUUUACAGCGACGCUUAUUUAUGCCAGAACAAGAAAAACAUAUACUGAGACGGCGGACAUGGGAUUCUGUAAUGGAGUAAAUAUUUUCCCUUACCAUUCCUAUGCAGCAACAAGCUUUUCCUCGCCUCCAAAAGUGUGGCUUAGUAGAUCCUAUCGUUCAUUUGUCUCAGGCAAAUAUAAUGUCGGCAGUAAUUGUACGGGGCAGGUCGGGAGGUCGGGAGUUCGAAUUCCCGGAGGGCGCGAAGUGUUUCGAGUGGUAUACUGCAGAGACACGCUGGCUGCAGAAUCGCAGCAGACGGAGAGGGCAAGCCAGGUGAAAUGCGCGGCACAAGAUGACGUGGAUUUGAAGUCGUGGAUGCACAAACACGGCCUUCCGCCUUGCAAGGUUGAGCUGAGAGAAAGGGCGUCAAAAGAUGGGAAACAUAAGCCUAUACAUUACGUUGCUGCCAGUGAAAAUCUCCAGCCAGGGGAUAUAGCAUUUACUAUUCCAAGUUCUCUUGUGGUUACGCUGGAAAGAGUACUGGGAAACGAGACAAUUGCGGAGUUGCUUACUACCAACAAACUCUCCGAGCUAGCCUGCUUAGCAUUAUAUUUGAUGUAUGAGAAAAAGCAGGGAAAAGAGUCUUUUUGGUACCCCUUCAUCUGUGAGCUUGAUCGGCAACGAGGAAGAGGACAGCUGGCAGUUGAGUCUCCACUUUUGUGGUCGUCUGAGGACCUAAAGUAUUUUACUGGCAGUCCAAUGAAGGAAGUUGUGUUAGAAAGGAGUGCAGGGAUUAAGAGAGAAUAUGAAGAGCUUGAUACUGUUUGGUUUAUGGCUGGUUCUUUGUUUAAGCAAUAUCCCUAUGAUAUACCCACUGAGGCUUUUCCAUUUGAAAUUUUCAAGCAAGCGUUUGUUGCAGUUCAGUCAUGUGUUGUACAUUUGCAGAAUGUCAGUUUAGCACGAAGGUUUGCUUUGGUUCCUCUAGGGCCACCCCUUUUAGCUUACAAGAGCAACUGUAAGGCAAUGUUGAAAGCUGUGGGCGACUUUGUUCAAUUGGAAGUGGAUCGUCCAUACAAAGCAGGAGAGUCAAUUGUUGUCUGGUGUGGCCCUCAGCCCAAUGAAAGAUUGUUGCUGAACUAUGGUUUUGUGGAUGAGGAUAACCCCUAUGACCGCCUUGUGGUUCAGGUAUCACUUGAUACAAGAGAUCCCCUCUAUCAAGAUAAACGAAUUAUAGCACAGAGAAACGGCAAGCUAUCCAUCCAGACAUUCAAUAUCUACAUUGGAAGGGAAAAAGAAGCUGUCUUAGAUAUGCUUCCCUAUUUGCGACUAGCCUAUGUAUCAGAUCCAUCAGAAAUGCAGUCAGUUAUUUCCUCGCAAGGUCCUGUCUGCCCGGUGAGUCCAUGUACAGAAAGAGCAGUUCUAGAUCAGUUAUCUAGUUACUUCAGAGAACGACUUGCAGGCUAUCCAUCAACUGCUAGUGAAGAUGAAAGAGUGCUUGCAGACCCAACUACAGACCCCAAAAGGCAGGUGGCAACACGGUUGGUACGAAUAGAGAAAACAAUGCUGAAUACAUGCCUAGAAGCAGUUAAUGAAAUUAUCGAUCGAUUACCUUAUCUUGCUGUAGCUCCAUGUCCCAGCCCUUACGGGCCCACGUUGAAAUAAAUAUUCAUUUGGGAUCUGAGUUGGAAGAUUGUCUCUUGAUGAAGGCGAUUCUGUCUGAUAGAUCUCGUUAGAUAUCAAUUCUGCAGAAUAUAUACCUUAACCGACAUGCAGAUUCAUGUUUCAAGCAAAGUUGUGCGCUGGAUUUAAUUGUAUGAUUGCAUCUUAAAUGUCGGCAGUUAGAUGGCUUUCGAUGUACAGGUCUAGUUUUUAACUUGCACACUGAAGUUAAUGGAAAUAUGUCGAGAUGUGGUGGCACUUCUCUACAGCCUGAAACUGCUAGCACGUGAAAGCAAUAAUUGAUGGUGACUACACUGAAAUAUUGAAGUGCAAACAGUAUCAGAAUCAACAAUAUUGACGACUGAGGGAAAGAGAGCAAUAAUUUUUGUCAUAUUAAAAUCGUGACAAGAUUUGUAUGUCUGUUCAAGUCAGUGCUGGUUUGACGUGUUUGUAACUUUGUACAGUUGGAAUAAUACCUUAAUAAUGCCAAAUUAUCUUGUAUAUCGAUUUGUCA